GAAGAGAAAACCAGCUGAAACUCUCCCGUCUUCUCCUUAUCAUCUUCUCUAUCUCUGAAAUCAGCAAAACCCAGUUUUAUAUUUCUUAUUUCAAUCCAACCCAAAAGAGAAAAAAAGGAAAAGAGAGAAGAGAGAAGAUAAAAGCACACCUUAGAAUCCCGAGCUGUGAAUUUCUGUUUUAUAUUGAUUUUUUAUUUUUAUUUUUAUUUGGGUUCUUUGAGAAAUGCGUCGAUUUCAGGAAAGCUUCGGUGCAUUCAUCAACAGCCGAUGGCUGGUAUUCGUCGCAGCAAUGUGGGUGGAAUCAUGCGCUGGCGUGGGCUACCUCUUCAGUAGCAUAUCGCCGGUAAUCAAGAGCAAUCUCAAUUACAAUCAGCGGCAGAUUGCGAGUUUAGGUGUCGCCAAGGACCUCGGCGACAGCAUUGGAUUCCUCGCCGGGACCUUCUGCGAGGUCCUGCCACUCUGGGGAGCUCUGCUCAUCGGGGCGGUGCAGAAUUUCGUCGGCUACGGAUUGGUUUGGCUGACUGUGACGGGUCGCACGCCGGCGCUGCCGUUGUGGGCGAUGUGCAUUCUUAUAUUCGUCGGAACGAAUGGAGAGACCUACUUCAAUACUGCUGCACUGGUCUCGUGUGUCCAGAACUUCCCCAAGAGCCGGGGCCCGAUAGUGGGGAUACUGAAGGGGUUUGCUGGUCUGAGUGGGGCGAUCUUGACUCAGAUAUACGCAAUCAUAAAUGCCCCCGAUCACUCGGCCCUCAUAUUCAUGGUCGCCGUCGGGCCAACGAUGGUAGUCAUUGCUCUGAUGUUUAUCAUCAGACCCGUUGGAGGACACAAACAAGUGCGGUCGUCCGAUGGAUCGAGCUUCACGUUUGUCUACAGCAUAUGCCUGCUUCUAGCAGCUUAUUUGAUGGGCGUCAUGCUUCUUGAAGAUCUAGUUGAUUUAAGCUAUACGGUGAUUGUGAUUUUCACGGUCCUGUUGUUCCUGCUUUUACUGAUUCCGGUCAUAAUUCCCCUCCUUUCGAGCUUCUAUUUGGACCCGUCUCCUUCCGAAGAGAGUCUUCUUUCAGAUCCUCAGAAGCCAGAACUGGGAAAAUCAGUUCAAAGCACAGAUGUAAAUGAGGUUGUUCUAAGCGAGGUGGAAGACGAGAAGCCAAAGGAAGUAGACUUUCUGCCUGCGUCGGAGAGGCAGAAGCGAAUCGCGCAGCUGCAGGCGAAGCUAUUUCAAGCGGCUGCUGAAGGGGCGGUGAGGGUCAAGAGGAGGAAGGGUCCACGUCGAGGAGAGGACUUCACGUUGACACAGGCACUGAUAAAGGCGGAUUUCUGGCUCAUGUUCUUCUCCUUUCUAUUGGCAUCCGGAUCUGGUUUGAUGGUCAUUGAUAAUCUGGGCCAGAUGAGCCAGUCGAUGGGGUACGAUAACACCCACAUUUUCGUCUCCAUGAUCAGCAUUUGGAAUUUCCUCGGGCGUAUUGGCGGUGGCUAUUUCUCCGAGAUCAUUGCGAGGGAUUACGCAUAUCCAAGGCCGGUGCUUAUGGCUGUAGCUCAGGUUGUGAUGGUUGUCGGGCACUUCUUCUUCGCUAUGGCAUGGCCAGGGACAAUGCACGUCGGUACCUUGCUGAUUGGACUCGGAUACGGGGUCCACUGGGCGGUUGUCCCUGCUGCUGCCUCCGAGCUGUUUGGCUUGAGAAACUUUGGAGCCCUGUACAAUUUCCUCACGAUAGCCAACCCUGCGGGAUCGCUAGUUUUCUCCGGCCUGAUUGCCAGCAGCAUAUACGAUCAUGAAGCAGAAAAACAAGCUCACAUGCACAAGCAUGGGCGAUAUUCCUCGUCGAUGCUCGGGAGGAUGCUGCUCGAUAGACUGCUAGAUGCUGAUGAUCCACCACAGUGCGAGGGGGCUGUAUGCUAUUUCCUUACCUCUUUAAUAAUGUCGGGACUCUGCAUUGUUGCAGUCUUCUUGAGCUUGAUUCUCGUGCAUCGGACAAAGAUUGUCUAUGCCCACCUUUAUGGAAAAUCUCAGACCUGAGUUUUGCUUGCAAGACGUCGCGAUAUCACAACUACGCCAAGUUUGGCUGCUCAACUGAAUCAGAUUGCAGUAGUAAUACCCAAUUCAAAGCGGGCCUUAUUACAAUCGAGGGUUUGUUUCAUCAUCAUUAUGAACUAAAGGUGUGCCACACCAGCUUUGGCCGUUUCCUAUAUAAUGAAAUGGAUAAUUUGCAAUUCAUUUCAAUUGAGCAUCCAAACAGCUCCAUUAGUUACUAAGAUGGCGGUUUUAGAAGGAAUUUGAACGAUUUGAUGUGGGAAAUCGAUUGGGUUUGCAUAUCAACUUAUGAUUUGUAGUGUGCACCAUUUGGAGAUGAUGUUUGAUUGUUUCUCUUGACUUUAUGAUACCUUCCCAAAAGAAGAGAGAGCAAGGCCAGAUGAAUGGUUCUGUGUAAUGUGCUUCUUAAAGAUGUAUUCCAAUCCUAUCGCCGGGCAUGUAAGUUACUCAUCCCAGAUGAAUGUUUCUUUGUAAUGUGCUUCUUAAAGAUGUAUUCCGAUCCUAUCGCUGGGCAUGUAAGUUACUCAUCCUAAUGUUGUAUUUUUUCCCCUGCUAUUAUUUUUUAUGCAUGCUUUUGUUGUGCUUGA